ACAUUAAUAUACUUCCACAUAACCACUUCACUGAUCAAGUCGUAGACACCAUGUCUCUCACAAAGAUCAUAAUUUCUAUGGCUGUCUUAAUAGCUAGCUGUCAAGCUAGCGGCUUUGGACACUUGUCACCCCACGCACAUGUAGCAGCCGUUAAGUCAUUUCCAAUAGUGCGAUACGCUCCAUUCUACAACUUUCCAUCACCUAUACGAUCAAUACACGCAAUAUCACCAGGAUUUCCAGCGGUUGCUUCGUCAUUAGCCGCUGCGCCAAUAUUACCACCGCCGUUGCCUGUUCAAGUGGCACCAGCACCGGUGUUACCGGCACCUCUCCCAGUACCCGCUCCUCUCCCUGUACCAGCGCCACUUCCAUUCGCUGCCCCCUUACCUGCUCCAGUUUUUAGAGUAGCAUCCGCACCAGUAUUCGGGUCCGCAUACCCAAGAUUUGGCCCAGUGCCUGCUCCCUUAUAUCCGAGAGCCCUACCAGCAUUACCGGUAGCCCCAUUCUCACCUAUUGUCAGACCUGCUUUAGCCCCUGCGCCGGUUGUAGCUCCAGCCCCUGCCGUUGCCAUAGCGAAAGCCUACCCCUAUGCGUUUGGCCCUCCAGUACUACAAGCCCCAAUACUCAAACAAUUUGCAUGGAAGUAACUCUAGACUAGCUCAUAGAUAUUAGAUUAAGUUUUAUUUUAUAUAGUGUAGCAGUUGUUAAAGCUGUUUUAU